ACAAGAACACACAAGAACACUAAAACCUAUUACAUAUUCUCUAUUAAUAUGGCUUCUUCAGGUUCCAAUAGUUGGACAGUGAAACAGAACAAAGUGUUCGAAAAUGCUGUCGCCAUUUUCGAUCAGGACACGCCCGAUAGGUGGCAGAAGAUGGCCAGGUUCAUUGGCGGCAAUAAGACAGCCGAGGAUGUGAAGAGACAUUACGAUAUGCUUGAAGAAGAUGUCAAUCUCAUCGACUCUGGUCGUAUCCCUCUUCCACCUUACAAACACAAUUCUUCGUCUUCGACCACUGCCAGGUCUGGUCAACAACACAACAUGGACGAGCAGGAACAUAGGAUGAGGUAUCUAAAGCUCCAGUGAAUUGGUACCAGAGAUGCAAAGAAAUAAUUAAUCAAUUCUGGAUUUACUGUUCUCAACUUAAGUUGAAAUAAUGAAGCUGAAUAAAGUUUCUAUUCCCUUCUCUUAUAAAAUUUGUUGAAAAGAAAUAUUGAUGCAAUUAAUAAAAACAUAAUCCUUUGUUACA